AUUUACACAGCGACAUCCAUCUCCUCUCUAAACGCCAACCAUGGACAACCAUUCGUACAACUUCCCUUCUGACUGCACCCCACUCACCAACUGCAAGUCUGCGCGUAAGCCAGCUGGAUCCACUGUGGUCAACAUGGGCAACAGCGGCAAGAAUCCUCCCCGGGACUAUCUAGUCUGGUCGCUGUGCAACACCUUGUAUGUGAACUUCUGCUGCCUGGGUUUCAUGGCGCUCGUCUACUCCAUCAAGGCCAGGGACCAGAAGACUCAGGGCAACCUGCAGCUGGCCCAGGAGUGUUCGGACAAAGCCAAAUGGUACAACAUCCUGGCAGCCGGCUGGAACCUGUUGAUUCCACUUCUGGCCGUCGUCCUGCUCGUCCUCCUGCUCGUCCACCUCGGCUCCUCUCAGGGCUCCUUUGACUUCUUUGGAGAAGAUGGUUUCCAAAACUUUAUGAAGCUGUUCAGUUGGUAGAUGGAGGCAAACAGAUCUCAAAUUCAACGCAUUCACACUAACUGUCGAGAAGGGCAUUUGAUUUGAUUCAGAGGAUAAAAGUCUUAGUGCUCCUUUUCUACAUGGGAGUUGGGACUCUGCUCAGAACUAAAACACUACUAAUUAGUGAGAAGGAAAAGUAAGCCAGGGUUUGAGUGUUACAAGAAUGUCCUCUUUGGAAUGCGACAUCAAAUAUUUGAAAUUCAACCAGUAUCUAAGAGUUACGUAUAAAAAAAAAAAAAAGAUUUUUGAAUCUAAAACUAUUAACAAAUGUUUAUCUUGUUCAAUAAAAGCAAUACGGCAGUUUGGCGCUUGGGAUUUGACGUAACAGUAUCGAUACCUUGCUCAUUGUAAUGUCAGCCUUAGUGGGAAAUGGUCAUUGAGAUGUGAAGUUGAUUCAAGACUGAACAAGCCUAACAUAGGAAAUAUGUGAUAUGUUAAAGAUGGAAAUGACUGGAGGUGAAUCGAGGUUGGGAGACUGGGCAAGCAGCUACUCUGCUUCAUUUUUCUUGUUAUUUAUUGUAUUUAUGUUGAGUGGAAUUUGAAUGACAGCUAUCUUAAGUCACGGUAGAAAGAAAAAGAGCAGCGAGAACAGAAAACUGUGGAGCCAAUGUCUGAAUGCCGCAAUGAUGAGAAGCCACUUUACAAAAAGGACAAUCAACAUUCACCUCCCAUCGAUAGUCAUUUAUUAUCACCUUUCAUCAGUUUGAAAUGUUAUUACUGUUACAGCAUACAUCUAUUUUUGUCAUUAUUCAUGUAUUUUUUCUAGUAUUUUGUUAAGUUUUUUUGAUUUUUCAAUAUCUUACUGUAAACCUCUUGUAAGUGAGCGAAAUAAACCAGAUGCUGUUAACUCAGUAUAACACUGAAAAA